AUGGAUAUGAGAGAGCGGCUAAGGCCGUUUGGAAUAUCCUUUGAGAAAUCAUUAGAGGAUUUGAUCAAAGGUAUCAGAUCAACGAGCAGUGAUCCCGAAAAAGCAGCCCUCUUCUUAGACAAGGCGAUCCAAGAAUGCAAAGCCGAAUUGAAGACUUCAGACUUGGAGCUAAAGUCUACUGCAAUAUUGAAGCUAGCUUAUUUGGAAAUGUACGGCUUCGACAUGAGUUGGUGCUCAUUUAACAUCCUCGAAGUGAUGUCUUCUCCCAAAUUCCAACACAAGAGAAUAGGUUAUCUGGCAGCAAUACAGAUACUACAAAGACAGAACAACGAUGAUGCCUUGAUGUUGAUGACUAACCUCUUGAAGAAGGACCUAAAUUCUGUUCAUUACAUCGAGACAUCGCUAGCCAUUAGUGGUAUAGCAGCAGUGGUUUCCAAGGACUUGGCGUUGGAUAUAGUCGAUGAUAUGGCUAAAAUGCUCUCACAUUCAAAACCGUUGAUAAGGAAAAAGGCGGUGUUGGCAAUGUUCAAGAUAUUUUUGAAAAAUCCAGAGGCGUUGAGAGCCUACUACGACAGGAUUGUAGAUAAAUUGGAAGACCCAGACGGAUCUGUCGUUUCGGCUACUGUCAAUGUCAUCUGCGAGCUAGCACACACAAACCCUGCCAAUUACAUUGAUUUAGCGCCUCGAUUGUAUGCAAUGCUCAAAGAAUCAAACAACAAUUGGAUGGUAAUCAGGUUGUUAAAAUUGUUCUCGUCACUUUCUUUGACGGAACCACGGCUCAAAAACAAACUUCUCCCUGAGAUAAAAUCGUUGAUGAUAUCAACAAAGGCAUUAUCAUUGACUUAUGAGUGUAUAAAUGCAAUAUUGAACGGAAAUAUGCUUUCAUCGGAUGAUAUUGAAACUGCACAUUUGAUUGUUGAGAAAUUGUUAAUUUUCUUCGAAAGUAACGAUCAGAACUUGAAAUACGUUGGGUUACUGGCGUUUAUCAAAACGUGCAAAAUACAUCAAAAGUUAAUCAAAAAGCACGACAAAAUCAUCUUGACCUCAAUUUACGAUAAUGACUUGACGAUUAGAGAAACCUCCCUAGAUAUUGUCAACUCUUUGGUAAGUGAACAGAAUAUUGUUGCAAUUGUGACAAGGCUGACUGUUCAGCUACUACCAUACAAGGAACAGCAAGAGCAUCUGGAUGAAAUCAAUAGAAAGCUGCUGUCCAUGGAAAACGAAAGAGAAGGAGAAGAAGAUGAGGAAGAUGGGGAAUAUGAAAAUAGUAGCUAUAAUUUAAUUGGGUCAUCCCAACAACCAAUCGUUGUUUCUGACAAAUACAAGUUUCUUUUGAUCAACAAGAUAAUUGAAAUUUGCUCAAUGAAUAAUUAUGAAAAUAUUCCAAAUUUCAAGUGGUACUUAGGAGUUUUGCAUGAUAUUUUGAAGCUCAAUGUCGAUAACAAGAUCUCGAAUGUUGAUAGCAUAAUAUCCCAACAAUUGGUUGACAUCGGUGUUAGAGUUCCGAGUGUAAGACCAAAAUUAGUCGACAUGUGUUUGGAAUUGUGUCAAAUUCCUUGGAAUUCAGAUGAGAAAGUCUUAAUGUUCAAAAACGGUCUAGGCAAUUGUAUUUGGAUAGUUGGUGAAUACUACGAUGAGUAUAUUCAAGAUGCAGAUGUGGAUUCAGAUUCAAAUUCAAAAGCCUCCAAUUCUGAUAGAGAUGAAGAUAAUAAGUACUCUGCGAUUGAAAUAGUUGACUGCAUAUCAAAGCAAAGAUCGCUAGAGAGACUGGGCCAUAUAAAUUUUGACGGUACGGUUUCUGUAUAUAUACAAGCUAUUGCUAAAAUUUUUGGCAAAUUUUGUUCAAUUUUCGGUGAAAACAAAUGGUCUCGUUCCCAGUUUCAGUCAGUCAACUCUUUAUCAAAAAAGAUUAUAACUUGGUUUAAUAAGUUUCAAAACAGUCCUAAUUUUGAGGUUCAAGAACGUGCUUUAUCAUUUAUUGAGGUAUUAAAGCUUGUUGAAGAAUCAAUCCAAAGUGAACUUGAGACACUGGAAUCUUCAGGCGAUGACACAGCCUAUCCUCCGAACUUUCUUAUCAAGGGUUUUGUCCCUCUUUUCACUGCAACUACGAUCAAACCUGUUGGACUGAAAACACAAAGCAAGAUUCAGCCACCGGUAGACUUAGACCUUGGUGAUGCAUUUGACGAUCAAGCAGUUUUGAAUUUUCAGAACUUAUACAAUAGACUAAAGAUUGAAGAUCUGACUGUAAACUUUAGCGACGAUGAAAUUGAUGAUAACAAGACUGAAAGUGAGGACAGCUACGGACAAGGGGCUGAAACAGACACCGAAAACCUUUCUGUAUUUGAUGGUCCCGGAAAUGAAAAAAAGGAUAGAAAAACUUCAAGCAAUGAUCAUAAUGAUGACCCAUUUUAUCUAACCCUCGAUGAUUCUCACGGAAACAACAAAAAAGAAAACAAUACGGACAAAACUGAGUUAUUGGCUGAAGAUAUAAAAAAGAAGCAGAAAAAGUCACUGAAGCCUAAAAAAUAUAAGAAAGAAAAAGUUUUGCUUAUCGAAGAUGAUUACGAUUUCGACGAAGUUGACAAUGCAUUAGCAGACACAACCAACCCCCCUGGGGAGAAAAACAAGGAAACACCUAAACAUUCAGGAUUUUUAGUCGACUUAUCACGUUUAGCUGGUGUUGAUUUAAAAAAUCCAGAAUCCACCGAGGAGGCUUUCACCAACGAGUAUAACGAAGAACUAGAAAAGGAAACUGACGUUCCACAGGAAGUCAAAAUUGAAGCACCUUCUCCUCAACCUGUGAAGAGGAAACCAAAGAAGAAGGUCAAAAAGAAAGUUGCGCUCAUUGAAUGA